AUGGCCCGCAAUGGACUACGGUAUCAAGUCGCUACCAAAUGGCAGGACUCAUUUCGGAGGUUUAAUCAACGCGAACCAGGGAUCUCUGGGUUGAUUGCCUUCAGUCAGGCUUGGGAUGUCGCCACCGAAUUUCUGAAACCAAGAAAUAUCAACGAACCUCUGCCCCCAAGGCAAUACACGCAAGCAGUCCGUGCAGCACUGGAUGUUAUUCACAAGAGCAAGAGGCUACCUACACUUAUCGAAACGUUCCUCAGUCAAGUAGAGAGCCUAUUUUAUCUCAUUCAGCAGGAAGUCGACCAAUUCAUGAUCGAAUACACUGCGGACUUGGACGUCGGCAUUAUCUCAAAGAUGGUCUAUAGAGUACACGAGUGGAUGAAAGAGUGGACACCUGCUACCGAGCUUGGAGCUGCAUUCCAAUCAGUAUAUAUCAACUUCUUCCAGACACAUCUCUUCUCCAUCUUGCCAGAAAGCUUUUCCAGUGCCUUUAAAGACCUCAUUGCAUCCACUCUUGCACCAGAAGAGGAGGGCGAGGCGCUAAAGCAGGAUCAUCAAAUUUGGUCCACAUUUGACGCGCUUGGCUUCAUUGACCGCUUCGAGUCCCUCAUCGCUAGUGUUGGUUAUGAACAUAUUGAGCGCCAUGUUCUUGAAACAUGUACCGGACAAUGGGGGGAACCCAUGCUAACCCCUACGAGGGACUGGAUGACUGCCAAGAUAGUCCCAUGGAUGAUUCAUGUCUACGGACGUAACAUCACAAGCACCGAGGAGGCGCGGGCCAUGCUAGCUGGUGUGGGAUCGCGGUUUGACUUUCAUAUGGCCAAAACCCUUUGUGACUUACGGACCCGCGAAAUUUUUGAUAUUAUCAUCGACUUCCCUGAUUCUGAGGGGGCUCUGAAAGAUCUAAAGGAAUGUUUGCAACGCGUAGACCAGCGCGCUGCCUUGGUGCAAUCGUUACGCCAAGCUCACCGCAAGAGACUCCUUCACCCUGGUGCGGACACAAAACUUAUCCUUUCACAAUAUGUCGCCACGAUCAAGUGUCUUCGAAUUGUCGACCCUCCCGGAGUACUUCUUUUCAAGGUAGCUGAUCCUAUUCGACGGUACCUUCGUGAUCGGCCCGAUACAAUUCGAUCCAUUGUAGCCAACCUCGUAGGCGACGACGACAGUGGUGAUGCCCUCGUUGACGAAACUGAGCCACCUCGGCCGCUCCAGGCUGCAGAAAUUGAAGACUACUCGGACCCUAAUUGGGAGCCCGAGCCAAUUGAUGCCGGUCCUGACUUUCGAGCUAACAAACCCAGCGACAUCAUUAGCACUCUUGUCAGCAUCUAUGAUUCGAAGGAUUUCUUCGUAAAAGAACUUCAAAUUUUGUUGGCCCAGAGACUGCUCGCUGCUGGUGAUGAUCAAUCCGAUAAGGUCGAGAAGGAAAGGAGAAAUAUUGAGAUAUUGAAGAUCCGGUUCGGCGAAGCUGCGCUGCAAGUUUGCGAGGUCAUGCUCAAGGAUAUGACCGAUUCCAAGCGAAUCGACCAACAUAUACAAUCCCAACAAGCGUCGGUAAUCCAUCCCGCGAUUAUCUCAAAACACUUCUGGCCAGCUUUAGAAUCCAGCGAAAUUUUGAUGCCCGGUCAAUUGAAAGAGCUCCAGGAUCAAUAUACUGCCGAAUUUACCAAGUUCAAGCCCGAUAAAAGACUGCGCUGGUUAACGCACCUUGGCACGGUUGACGUCGAACUGGAGUUUGAAGACCGAGUUGUUGAAGCUCUCGUUUCGCCUCUUGAAGCUGCGGUCAUCGAAUUAUUCUCGGAGCAGAGCGAGUGGACGCUUGACGAUAUCGCUAAACGAGUGGGCUUGUCCCAACCGAAUAUCCUUUCCAAAGCGGUCAACACAUGGCUAGACCUUGGUGUCUUGGCGUCAGCAGGGGAGGGGAUUUACAGAGUCCUAGAAGUCUCCGCCGGCAAGGGUGCUGAAGCAAAAGACCACGUCCACAGGCCAACUACCGUCGAAGUGGAAAUGCCUCCAGUGGUUUCCGUCCAACAACAACAGGCAGAACAGAUGAGAGUCUAUUGGAAGUUCAUCGAAGGCAUGCUGACGAACUUGGGGGCGCUUCCGCUCGACCGAAUACAAACGAUGCUGAAAUUUGCCCCUGGGUAUGAUCGGACGAUCACUCAGCUCGCGGGUUUCAUGGAAGCUGCAAGAAGGGAGGACCUAGUAACCGUUCGUGACGGGAUGUGGAAAUUGAAUAAAUGA